GGGUUGUGUUUCACGCCUGAUCGUUUAUUGGUCAAACAUCCAUGCAUGGGGUCGUUCUGGGAACGAUUAUUGGUCGGUCGCUGUCAGCUUGAAAGCGGAAGGAUGGCGGAUGGGGAGCUGUGGAGACCUCCUCGAGUGUGCGACGAUUAUCGGAGUGAGUGGAAACACUGCCGGAGUCUGAGAAAUCUCUUUCAUCACUAUUACACAUUCGGAAAGUUCCCCUCGUGUAAACAGUGGAAGAAAGAUUACAACAGUUGCAUGGAAUGGGAACGUUUUAAGUCUAUCGAAGCUAAGAUAGCUUUAUGUGAGAGUGAGAAGAAGAGGUUAGCAGAACAAAAGAUACACUUUCCAAUCUGGGUGAUGAGGAAAAAUCCACCAGCUGAAUGGCAUCUACCCCUAAGUGACAAAAAAGAGGAAUAGCUGGAGUUGAUCACAUCUGGAGUCACAAAUCGCCAGUCAUGCAAUACAGCUUUUGUGAGCAUGUCAGCUCCAUUCUGCAGUGCAACCUAUAUAACUGGUUUUAGGGGAACCCAGAUGGAAGCAGGUUUGAGUCUUGAGAACACUAAAUAACCUGGAUUCACUUUGAUAGGAACUAGAUGAGGGUGGCAAUCAGAAUGUUAUACAACUCUCUCAAUGAUUAUGCUGCAGUAAAGAUGUUUUCAAUAAAUAAACUGCCAGCAUGUAAAUUUCAUUAA